GUUAAAACGUAGAAAAGAAUAUCUAUCACAACUUUAACAAUGGCAUCCUCAGCUAAUUCACUCAUCCCUCCCAUACAUACACUGCCUUGUUCUAAGUUUCGACCAAGAUUUUCAACCCCAAUUCACCAGCUCAGCCAGCCAUGGCCAACCCUCAAACGACCCAGAAAGCUCGUGCUUCAAGUCGUCUCUUCCCUCGCACCUGACCCCCUCUUGUCAGACCCAACUUCUCUCUUUUUAAUCUCGGAAAAUGUGGGCUACUCAACUGCAAGUUAUUACACUUCUCUCGGUCUUUUUGUCAUUUCUGUUCCGGGGCUCUGGUCUCUUAUCAAGCGCUCGGUUAAAUCCAAGAUUGUGAAGAAGACAUUUAUAGGAGAAGGCGAAGGUAAAAUGAAGAAGCCGAGUCAAAUGGCAGGGGAGAUACUUUCAUUUUUCACUCGCAACAGCUUUGCGGUGUUAGAUAAGGGAGAGACCAUAACAUUUGAAGGCAUGAUGGCGCCCAGCCGAGGACAAGCAGCACUACUCACAUUCUGUACCUGCAUAAGCUUGGGAAGUGUUGCCCUUGUUCUGACGAUAACAAAUCCUGAGGUGGGAAACAAUUGGUUCUGGCUAACCAUCUUAAGCCCUUUAGCAGGAGCUUACUAUUGGAAGCGCGCUUCAAGAACAGAGCAGAUCAAGGUUAAAAUGAUAUUGGCAGAAGACGGGACACUGUCAGAAAUUGUUGUCCAAGGCGAUGACCAGCAAGUAGAACAGAUGAGGAAGGAGCUUCAGCUAAGUGAAAAGGGAAUGGUUUAUGUCAAAGGACUCUUUGAGAGAGGAUGAGAGAUCUGUCUUGUUCAAAAUAAUUCGACAAACAGUUCACAUGUAUUAGCAUCUGGUGAGGAAUUUUAAUUUUUCGACAUACGAUUCACAAAUUUUAAGUAUCUUGUCAGAAGAGGUAAUGAUGAGCAAUGUUAUUCCCUAAUAAGAGCUUUGAUGUGCA